AUGAAAGAAAUAAAAAUUAAUUUUCAUAUUAUAAAAUUUAUCCUUUGUAUACUAAAACAACAAGUUUUAUUUGAAAAAGAUGUACCUAAUGACAUUUUUUUUCAAGCACAAGGAUAUAUUUCAUCGCACAGUGAUACAUUAAAAUAUACCAAAAUCUAUAAAUCUUAUAUCACGCAUCAAACUUCUUUGAAACAAAAUCAACCAACUAUUAGGUCCGUUCAAUUAUCGACAACUGAAGAAGAAAAAUGUUUAUUAUUGUAUAAAAUACUUAUAAAGUCCACACGCUUCUUUCGUAUAGAAUUAUUACAUAAAUUCCUUAAAAAUGAUGAAUAUCAAAGAAGAAAAUGGAUCAAUUCAAAACAUAAAAUACCACAUAAUGAAUGGAAAAUUAAGAAUAAUAUUUUGAGCAACUUGGAUAAAUAUUUACCAGGAUUUAAAUUGUUAGUUGAAUAUGAUGUUAAUAAUCUUAUUGCAUCUAAAUUAUCAGGUGAUAAAUUUGAUUUGUAUUACGGUGGAAUGGUCUUCGUGUCAGAAGUUGGAGUUAUUAUUAUGCUUGAUCUUAAAUAUCCCGAAUAUAAACUUGGAUCAUUUUUAGAGGAGAAAAGAGUUGUAACACAGAAAGAGUCAUAUACAAGAUAUGAAUGUUGGAAUGAUCAAGUAUUAAGUCGUAAGAGAAUUGAGAAACUUAAGAAAAUGGUUGAAAAAAAAUUUGAAGAGGAAAGUUUUAUGGUUAUUGGAGCAAAAUUUAUUUAUGAAUCAUCUCGCUUGGAAUUUUAUGAUGGGUUUGAUAAAUUAAUUGCAGGAAAAGUUAACGAAUUAACCAAAGCGAAUAACUUUGAUCAAUUCACCAACGAAAAUGAUGCGGAUGUCGGAUCAACAAAUAGAAACUUGGAAGACAAUGGAACUUGUGAAACCAUUGUAAAUUGUUUUAUAGUUGUGAUAUUUUUUAGUAUUUAUAUGUUAAUUUUGAAACUGGACCUUGAGACUCAACGAGAGUGGGAGUUUUUUGAUAUACAAGAUGACGAUAAUUUUAUUGAAGAUUUAAUUGGAGAAAUUAUUGUAUUCUUGUUUCAAUCAAUUUUCAGUGAUGAUCAUGCAUAA